GACACCUGUUCAUUCAGACAUUUUGGCAAACUAUGAACCGUGAAUGGAAUGGGAUAGACAAUCUGCGUCUUGAUAAGUACUAUAUGCUAAUGCGUAGGAUUUUCAGGCAAUCCCUUGAAGUGCUGAGAAGAAAUGAAUGGGAUGAAAGUCUAAGGGAACUACUCCUGCAGCUAUUAAUGAAAGAAGUUAUGGACCCAGACAGCAAUGCUCCCUUUGGGAUAAAGUUACAUUUCAUUGAUAUCUAUCUGGCUGAACUGGCUAAAGUUGGUGCAAAGGAGCUCACAGCAGACCAGAAUCUCGAGUUCAUUGACCCUUUCUGCAAAAUUGCUGCCAAAUCAAAGGAUCGAUGUCUGCUGCAUGCCAUAACCACGGGUAUCUUUGAGAUCAUUGUGGAUCAGUCGCCCUAUGCCAUUGAGGACCUAAUGAAAGAACUGGGUAGCAACUGUGAGGAGGACGAUGAGUCUGAAGAAGACAAACAGGAAAAUGAAGAGGUGCUUAAAACCAAAGCAGACAGAGGUUUGUCAAGAAAACAGAGCUCUGAAGAAAAAGAGGAAUGUAAAAAUGCUGCUGGUGGUAUCGGGCCUGUUCUUCAGUUUGAUUAUAAGGCUGUUGCUGACAAACUCUUUGAAUUGGCAAGCAAGAAAAAUACACCUUCCCAUAACAGAAAACGUCUGUACAAGCUGGUAAAAAAGUUCCAGGACUUAGCAGAAGGAAUCUUCCCCCGAGAUUUUCCAGAAGAUGUUUCUACAGAUGAAGAUGACAGGAGAAGGCGAAAGAAAAAAGCUGUCAAACCUCGGGAGAAAAACAAGUUGGAAAAAGUAAAAGGUUUAGAGGAUGAACAAGACUUGUCAAGUGCAAAGGAGGCAUCAGUUCCCCAGAAGAGGAGGAAAAAAAGGAAGAUAAGGGACAGCCCAAGUGCUGAUUCUGGAACAGCUGAUGGAAAUUGUGAGAAGAGAGUAGCUGAAACAUCUGGAGCUAAUGCUGUUAGUGAGGGAAAGGUGCCAGAAAAUAACAAGGAAAAGAAGAAAAAGAAAUUGCUAGUAAAUGAGGCAAAUGAGACCACAAAUGUAACAACUGACACCAGAGAAAAUAACAGUAUCUCUGUGCUGAGCAGCCCAACUGACUCAGAACACAGGAAAAAGAGUCAGUUGAAGAAAAUGAAUCCUGAAGUGCAAAAUGUUCCUGUAAAACUAGCAAGUCAGAAUGGACCAGCUAUUGCAAGUGAGGCAGCGGAUGUCAGCCCAUCUGUCGCGCCGUUGACUUCUAAGGUUGUGAAAAAGAAACAGAAAGCAGGGGCUAUCUUGGUGAAUGGGGAUACCCCUUUGCAGCAAACAGAUGUGAAAUCCAACAAGGAGGGCUUGCUGGGGGCCCCGUCAGGAGAUGCAGACUCUGAAUCUGUGCCCUCCAGAAAGGUCAAAUUGAAGACAAAGCUAGUUGGCUUGGAAGGCGUGAAAGUCUCCAGCCAGAAAGCAGCAACCUUGAAAAAGAAGAGAAAAAUAAAAGAGAUGCUAAACUCUGAAGUCAAUGGAGUUCUGGAGACUGCAUGCAAGAAAAGCAGGAAGGGGGAAACCAGUGCUGCUCUAUCAUCAUUAAAGAAAAAGAAAGGAAAACCAGGAAGUGAUUUUGUAAAAUUUGAGAAAUCAACUUCACCAAAGCCAGUAUUCUUCAGGAAAGCUAGAAGCACCAUCUCUUCCACCAGGACAUCCAUGCAGCUGAACAAGCUGCAGUCAUCCAGCUCCAAAAAAGUCACGUUUGGCUUGAAUAAAAACAUGACUGCUGAAUUUAAAAAGACUGACAAAAGCAUAUUAGUGAGCCCAGAAGGACCAUCCCGUGUGGCUUUCAAUCCUGAACAGAAACCCCGUCACGGGGUGCUGAAGUCACCCAGAGUUACCCCAGCAGGAGAGCCUAAACUGAAGAAACCAUUUACUCUAUCAGCUAAGAAGAGACCAAUUGCUAUGGACUUCUUUUAA